AUGACUUAAUUAGGUCAUAAGAGAUCUAAAUGCCUGGGACUAAACUUUCUCUUUAGGAGUAUUUCUUUGAACUUCCCAGAUGUACUUUGUGUAUGGCUGUUGGUCUAUCUCCAUUUAGUAAAUAUAAGAAAUACUAAUGAAAAGAGCAAAACUAGAAAUAAUGGUCUAAAAUUUGUAAUGCCUAUGAGCUUGGCUACCUCUUAUACCAAUGUAAAAUCUGUGGAAUUACAAUACAUUCAUAAUGCUAUGGAAAUCAAUUUCAGUUUCCAAGAGCAGAUGAGAACAAGUUUGACAUGGAAAAGAUAGUAUGGACUUGUCAAGAUUGCAAAGUUAAGAACGAAGAUGAUAAUAAAUAAUGUGAGAUCUGUUAUUAGACAUAUGAGACAAAAGAACUGUUUAAAAAUGCUACUAUACCAGGCAAAAGAGUGCACCUAUUCUGCGCCAUGUGGUCAAAUGACUCUACUGCCAAAGAUCUUUGCAAUGGCUAGUAGAUAAAAUGCUACUUCAAAGACUGUAGGAUAUACUUUCAUCCGAUUUGUGGAAAGAAUUCUCACUUAUACUUUGAAAUAUUGGAAUUCGGGAGGACUAUAUGUCCAAAACGCAUAAAUUUCAAAAGAUAUAUCCUCGCCUAAAAUAGUGAACCCAAAAUUUACAUUUGAAACUAAUGCUUCAAAAGUUUCAACAGAUCAAGAUCCUAGAUUGAUGAAAAAUAUAAGUAAGUAGUCAACUUAGCACUAAAAGUAAGUUAAUCCAAGUUCAUUUAUUCAUCAAUCUGUUGGACAUCUUAAUAAAUAAAAAAGUACAAUGCUUUAAACCAUGCAAACAGAAAAAAUUAAUCAGAUUGAAACACCUAUCCUUACAAAGAUGUAGAGUUAGAAGACUGUCACGCCUCAUUACAAAACUCAUGUAAGCCAGGCUAAGAAACUUAACUCUAAGGAACUCAGAAAAUAAAUUGAAAAUGAAGCCUUUCAUGAAGAAUUCAUGAGAUUUUCUCUUUAAAACAACCAAAACGAAGAUAGUACCUCAAAACACUUUACUUCCUCUUAGUUAGAUUUUACAGAUAAGAGAAGAUUUUCUAAUCAUAAAAAUUUUAACUCUGUGAGUAAUUUCGAAGCUUGGACACCAGGCUAGAUACAAAAGCAUAUCUAGGAGAUUACAAUUAAUGUAAUGAAAGAGGAGAAUGAUCAUUUAGCUUUUGUAGAUAAUUUGAAUCACUUUAAGGAUUAACAGAAAGCCUUGGAUUCCAAUUUCGAUCUUAUUAAACAAGCGUUCUUAAAAUUUUCAAGUCAUAGUAUCGGAAUAAAAGUCAGAGAUAAAAUGUACGAUGUUUAUAGCAGAGUUACUUCACUCUACUAAGAACAUAUAAAGACAUAUAAAUAAUAAAAAAAUGAAUAAACUAAAUAUGAUGAGGCUUAAGAUAUGCUUAACUAAGUAGGAGAAUUGAUAAGAAUAUUAGUCAGACUUUUCAUUGGGGAAAACAAAAUACAUAUUGCUUAAAUGCUUGAGAAGCUAUUUAAGAUGUUUGUUGGCUUUUUCGAUCAAAUGUAAAAUAUUAUUAAAGCUAAACUAAAGCAAAAACUCCUUCUCAUCAAUAAAUAGGAAUUACUGAUUGACAAUUUGAAAGAUAUAGAAGAGGAAAUCUAAUUUAUCUAGCAGAAUGCAGCGAUAAAAAAUAUAUAUGAAGAAAUUGAAUCAAAUACCAAAAAACUUGAAAAAUUUCUCGGGAAUAAAAGAGAAUUCAGAAAGUAGGUUUCAGUAGAGGUUCAAACUGACAACAAUAAUGGCACAAGACACUAAUAAAUUUUACAAGCUCAAAGAGAUUUGGUUAGUGUAAAUGCAAUUGAGCUGAUUUCGACUGCCUCAAUGAUUAAUGGAAAUCUCUUGCUUCAGUAUUGGAAGGUGAGAGCAAAAUCGAUGUCUGAGGACUACUUCGUGGAUCAAUUUGUAAAUUUGGUGGCGAAUAAACUUAAUUCUGAUAUUCAUUCAGAUCACCUAAUUCCCUUAAACUUUUCAUAAUAUGUAGUUAAAAAAUAUCUACAAGCUCUCAAAGAUCCACAUUUAACAGCAAUAGAGCUUACCAAUCUUAUAAAGACAGCUGUUUAAAUCAACGAUAGUUUAUAAGAUGAAUAGCUUUAUUAUCAUUUGAGCAAAUCUCUAAGCCAGAUCUAUAUGUUUCUCAUGAAUAUUCUGUAUUAGAGGAGAAAGACAUUCGAAAAAGAUAAAGACUAUAUGCUAAAAAUGGCAUAUGAAAUUGCAUGUGCUGCUCCUGAAUGCUAAAAUUACAUUUUGAUACUUUUUGGAGAGCUUUUCAGCAAACAAAAUAAUCAAUUUGAAGAAGGUAAUAUUGAAAAACUGAUGAAAUUCAUGAAGUAAUAUUGGAUUGAACCAUAACUUGAUACAGGAGAUGGCUAUAACUAUUAAAAGUAAACUUUGCAGAAAAUAAAGCAUAGAAUUGUUAAAAAAUUCUUCAGUUUUUUGUUGACACUCUCAGAAUCAGAUAAUACUCGCCCUUUGAAUCUCUUUGAUCAUUUCGAAGUUUUCAAUACUAUAGAAAGGGAGAAGAAGGAUAUUGGUUAGUAUCUAUAAAAAUCUAGUUUUAGAGAUUUUAAAUAGCCACAUGAGUAACUGAAAAAAAUCAAGAUUGAGGAGAGAGCCCAACAAAUACUCUGCUAUCUCCAUCUUCAUGAUAAGAACUUCGUUAAAAAUUUCCAUUUUAGGUUUAAAGAAAAAGAUGAUUACUUUGGGGCUGCUGAAAUUGAAUAGAUUAUAACUAGUGUAUAUCAAGAUCUACUUUGCAAGCAUGAUAUCAAAGUAGUUUCCUAGUUUUUCAGACUAAAGUAUGGAGAUUCAAUGAAUAUUAUAUAGUUUGAUAUGGAAUAUGAGAGGGCAAUUGAGCUCAUCUCAUAUAAGCACUACUCUCCAAUUCUAUGCUUAAAUGCUCUUGCUAUGGCAUUGUUCAACUUCUCCUCUUAUUAAAUAAGAACACUGGAAAAGGAAUUUAUUAAAGCAAAAACUGAAUAUGAUCACAUAUUAGAUAGCAAGAGAGUGAAAGGAAAUUUCUAUGAACCGAUAAAUUUCUAAUUAUAUACUAGGAUAACAUAUACCAUAAAUCCGACUUUAGCAGAGGAAGAUGUUGCGAGAACCUUCGCUCAUUCAGUUGGAAUGGUUCAUUCUAAGGAGAUUAUUUAGCAUGAAGGGGAAACUGAUGAUGAUUUCCAAGAAAGAAAAGACAAUUAUGAUAAGAUGAUAUUUAGAAAAUACUUAGAGAUAAUAAUUGAUAAUGGGCUUGUGAUGCAAAAUUUACUUGAAAUCAAUAGGGUUGAGGAUAAAAAGUAAAUGUUUGGGACAAAAAACCUUAAAUUAUCGAAAAUGAAAGGAAGAUAAAGAUGA